AUGAAGACAAUUGCUGUUGCUCCCUGUGUCUUGACGUGGUCCUUGCUGGCCUCUGUGGCAACAUCGUGCACGACGAGUCAGCGACGAUCUUGGCGUGAUACCCCUUGCCAGGCCAAAUUGGAUUUCCUGCAGGCUGUGGCGGAUCUCAAGGCGCUGGAAUCCAAUAAUGCGUACGGCAUUCCAAAUUUUGAUGAUUUUGUAAGAAUCCACUUUGAUAAUAGUGGUGUGGCCCAUGGAGUGGACGCCUUUCUGCCAUGGCAUCGUUGGUACAUUUACAAAUUUGAACAAGCUCUUCAGAUUGUCUCGGGCAAAGCUUGUCUUACCCUGCCCAUUUUCGACUGGGAAUACGAUGCUGGCUCGGAAUUGUAUGCACAUGUCUUGGAAACCGACACCUUUGGAUCAUCGAUUGGAGUGCGGCCGAAUGGACGUUUCCGAGGUUGUGUUGAUGAGGGAAUUGCCGGCUAUCAGGGAAUCUGGUCCACCACGGUAUGGACCAAUGGGUGUCUGGAACGACGCUUCAAUCAAAACUACAAUUUUGCGACAGAGGCCCAAGUGUUGGCAAUUGUCACCAACAGCAGUGUGUUCGAAUACUUUCGUCCGGCACUGGAAGGAUAUCCUCAUGCAAAUCCACACAUUUUCAUUGGAGGCCACAUGUCUACAAUGCACAGCCCGGAUGAUCCAUUGUUCAUGAUGCAUCACGCGAAUGUGGACCGAAUCUGGGCCAUUUUUCAAGACUAUUGGAAUCACGACCAGGUUGCCUCAGGUAGCUUGACCAGUGAUCAAUAUUCCAGCAAUCUCGAUGCGGUGCUUCCCUAUGGCGGCGCACUGACUCACGGAGACUUCUUUCACAAGACAGGCACAUCGAACUUUCCCACAGCCCGAGACUUGCAUCAUAGUCAUGGUGGGAUUGUCAGCGUCACCUACGCCAACGACAAUCUAGCCUUGCUCUUGGAGGAUGCCACGGACACUGCAACAACACGCUAUGCCGACACGAACAAUGUCAAUUGGGUCAACAUUGCCCCAUCCCAGGUCACGACAAUUGAUUGCAGUUCUUCGCCAGUGGAUCCUCCCGUCGCAGCGCCCGUUGCUUCUCCGGUCGCAUCGCCUGUUGCAUCGCCUGUUGCAUCACCCGUUGCGAGCCCAGUUGCAUCGCCCACUUCCUCUUCUGGGUUUUGCACUCCCGAUGGCACUUGUCUUGGGAGAAAUGGAGGUUGUUCCAGUGACUGUGAGUGUUGCAGCAACAAGUGUCAGAAUGGAAGUUGCAAGGGGAACCGUCGGUUCUUGCAGGCUGGACCACCCGAGUUUGCCUCCAGCCAAGCCAGAGAACGGUGGGAAGAUUUGAUCGAGCAAGGUGUUGGACCUGCCAAUGCCAUCAAGGCCAUUGCCAGGGAGGACUGCAACCAACGAGGAAACCCUGUGGGAGCUCCAGCCGAAUGGAUUGCCAUGCAAAAUAUGCAAGAUCAGGCCCGCUACUUCCAAUGCUACCCAUUUGAUGACUAG